GUGUGUUGUGUUGCGUAUGCGCAUAUUAUAUGUCAGUGUCAGCUGUAAGGAUGUAAAUACAUAGUCGAGUGUAGAGCGCCGAUUUAGUAGAAAGUCCAGAAGUCAAUAAGUGUUGAUGAGUGGUAAUAGUAUUUAACUACGAUGAUUAUAUUCUGAUAAGUUAUACUCAGUGUUAAGCAAUAAAUCGAGUGUGAAGCAAGUACAUUUUGUAGACCUACAAAUUAUAUCUCUCUUAUUUUAACCAAGUUUUUAAGAAUAAAUAAAAAUGGUUUUAAGCAAGUUAGCCCCUAUUGGGGUCUCAUGCCAGGAGUAUGUACAUCCAUGGACAAGCAGUUGCUCUCAGGCAACUUGUGGCCUUUACCUAUGGGCCCUGGGAGAUGCAUUAAGGGUUUAUUCUACUGUAUACAUUUUAGCUUUAGUCAUGAAAGGCAAGAUUCCCACACUGGAUGAACUGAAAAAGACAAUUAAAGGAAUUCUGCAAUCAACUGCUUUCCUUAGUGUGAAUGCAUUUGGAUAUUCAGGAUUCUUAUGUAUUCUCAGAGCUGUGUUGGGACAUUUUAAUGUCUAUACUGUUUCUGGUCUUCCUGCGUUUUUGGCAAGUAUAUUUGCCAUACUCAUUGAAAGGCCUUCCAGGCGUCUUAUGCUAGCGUUGUACGUAAGCAACGUAGCCACUGAAACUGUCUGGAAUAUGCUGCUGUACCGGAACAUGGUUAAAUCCGUGAAAAACGGACAGGUCGCUAUUUUCGCAGGAAGUAUGGCAAUACUUCUAGCUGUUUUCAAAGCGGGUCUUCACAAGAAAGACGGCAAAUCCGAUUCAAUGUUUAAUAUAUUCAAGUUUGUGUUGGGACCUUAUGAAGAAAAGGAUUAUAAUGUUAGAUCUAGUCAAUCGAACAAUAUCUGCAGACAAGACGAUCAAAACGGGGACGCUUCUUCCAAUAACGGCAGAUGGCCGACGAAUAAUACCAAUAAUAAUCGUAAAAAGGGUAAUGCGAUUUACGGUCUAAUAGUGCAAGCCCUUAAGAUUUACAAAAGGACGGUGCAUCGGAUCAAGUGUUGUGAUAGACAUAGCCUUUGCCCGCAUCCGUUUAGCUGCAUAUACUACACAGUUCAAGGCAGCGCAAAAAUGUUUUCUGUUGGACUGGGCUUGCAAUUGGCGCUCAAGGUUGUUCUAAACCUGAAGACCAUUUUUAGAUCACCUCAGAAACUCGGAGAUAUCGUCUUCCAAAGGAAGAACCUGAACAUCGCGGCGUUUUUGGGUGGAGCUUCCGGCUUAUUCAGAAUGACGAUGUGUGCUUUGCGAAGGAUAACAGGUAAAGACGACGCCAUCCACGCGCUUCCAGCAGGUCUUAUCGCAGGUUUAGCCUUCUUCAAAUAUCCUGACACGACGAUCGCACUCUACGUCUUCUGGAAAAUGCUGCAAAUCAUGUACAACCUUGGAAUUGAUAUGGGUUUUCUGCCGAAGAUUCCCGGAUUCACUAAUUUCCUAUAUUGCCUCAGCACUGCAAUCCUCUUCCAUGCGGCAAUCGUAGAACCAACAAAUCUCAGGGGCAGUUACUGGAAGUUCCUGCAUUCCAUGUCCGGUGGAAGAAUCGCAGUAAUGGAUCGUAAAGCUAUGGACAUUUGGGGAUUGGAUACGUCAGAAAGUUUGCUGAAAGUAUUAGGAAAGACGAAGACGAAAGCAGCCCUGUCAUGGCAUUUAGUUCAAUAACUCUGUCCAACAAUUAACCAAUUUUAUUUUGAAAUGUUUUUAGACAAUUUAUUUUUCGUUAUUUUAUUAUUUUUUUAAGUUGAAUAUUUCCGAGUCAGUACAAAGUUUUAAAUUCAACAUUCGCGCGCUUUAUCAUCGAAGUAGGUCUUCCGACGGAAGAAAAGAAAAAUAUUUCUUAUAGAAACUGGAUGAAACAGAUGCCAAUUUUAUUACUUUGUUAUUUUUAUUGUUAUUAUUUGAAUACUGGUGCUAAUAUAGUUACCAUUUUUAAACGCACAAAGUUGCACUUAAAUAAUUAUUGUAGUUUGAAAA